AAUAAAGCUGCCCAUAAUAUAAAAGGAAUUUAGCGAUUACCCAUUGGCUGUCACAUCCUGUCAUAGUCACGGCAUCCGACCUCCAUCUACCUUUUUCAGUGACAUCACAUCAUACUACCAUUCUGAUAGAUCCCUGUUUAACCAACAGUUCAGGAUUUGCCAAUGGCCAGAUAGCGUGAGCUCUGCUCACCGUAAGGCAGCUCCUGAUUGGUGGAUUUGGAACCAUGUAAGGCGGGACAAGGGCGGUGCACCACCGAAGCUGAUAGGUCUAAUUAUCAUAAAAUAUUCAGCAUCUCUAGAAGUAUUAGACUGACUGUAGAAUUUCUUGCAGGGUUUUCAUAUGAAAUAGAAAUUCUACAUCGCUUAAUUUAGAAGGGGGGAAAUAAUUUCUUACUUAAUUGGAUAUAAUAAGUACAUUAUAUUGCAAAUGAUACCGGCUGACAAUUAACAAAAUAAAUAACAGAUAAUUUACUUGAAACGUUUUUAUCUAAUGGAAACUCUCAUUUAUUACGAAUGAUGUUCAUUUUAAAAUACAUGCACUUUAAAUCCUAAGCAAACUUACUAAGUGAGUGUCUUUUUUUACUUUAGAAAUCGUCCCUUUUCCUUCACUUCCCAUCGUAAGUACCACUUGCAUCCACAAUAUGUGGACUUUUCUCGGAAUCGCGAGUUUCACCUACGUUUACAAAAAGUACGAUGCUCACGUGAACAAGGAGCUCGUGGUGGCGGUGCUGCUGCUGCUUGCCGCGGGACUGUCGCUGUCCUACGUGCGGCGCCGCGGCGGACUGGCGCUCGGAUCCCCGCCGAGCCUGGGAGCCCUCUUCCGGCUGCUGGCCGCGGGACUGUCGCUCGGUGCCCCGCCGAGCCUGGGUGCGCUCUUCCGACUGCUGGCGCCGCCGCCCCUCGCCGAGCGCCUCCUCCGCGGCUCACCGUCCCGCAGGAGCGGCACCGAAGGCACCGCGUCCGAAACGAUAAGCGGCCGAAGGCACCGAGUGCGGCGCGGGAGCAGCGAGUCCCCGGAGCCCGAAAUCCUUAUUGUGGGCUCCGGGGUGCUGGGCUCCGCUAUGGCCGCAGUGCUGGGCAGAGACGGCCGGAAAGUCACCGUGAUCGAGAGGGACCUCCACGAACCGGACAGGAUCGUGGGGGAGCUGCUGCAGCCGGGGGGGUACCGUGCCCUAAUCGACCUGGGGCUGCAAAAUUCAGUUGAGGGUCUGGAUGCCCACGUUGUGAAAGGCUACGUGGUCCAUGACCUGGACAGCAACAUGGAGGUGGAGAUCCCCUACCCACAGGCAGGGGGCGCCAUUCAAUGUGGGCGGGCCUUUCACCAUGGCCGCUUCAUCAUGGGCCUGCGGCGGGCCGCCAUGGCUGAGCCAAACGUGACAUUCAUCGAAGGCACAGUGACCAGCUUGGAGGAGACCAGCGGAUGUGUCACAGGGGUUCAAUACAGGCUGAAGGAAACCGGAGAAAUUAAGGAGAUUCAGGCACCCCUGACUGUGGUUGCAGACGGCUGUUUCUCCAAGUUUAGAAAAAGCCUUGUGUCAGAUAAAGUGAAAAUCUCUUCUCACUUUGUUGGAUGCAUAAUGAAGGAUUCCCCACAGUUCAAGGCCAAUCACGCUGAGCUUGUGCUGGCAAACCCCAGCCCCAUCCUCAUCUACCAAAUUUCCUCCAAGGAAACCAGGGUACUGGUGGACAUCCGAGGCGAGAUGCCAAGGAGCCUCAUGGAAUACAUGCGGGAGAGGAUCCAUCCUCAGCUGCCAGAGCACAUGAAAGAGCCAUUCCUCGACGCACUGCAGAAUGACCGCUUGAGGACCAUGCCAGCCAGCUUUCUACCCCCUUCUCCUGUAAACAAACCAGGGGUCCUUCUCUUGGGCGACGCCUACAACAUGAGGCACCCUCUGACUGGGGGUGGGAUGAGUGUGGUGCUGAAUGACGUUAGGAUAUGGAGAGAGCUCCUGAGGACCAUCCCAGACCUCUACGAUGAGGACAUGGUGAAACAGGCUAAAAGGAAAUUCCACUGGGAGAGGAAGUCUUCGCACUCGUUCGUGGUGAACGUCCUGGCACAGGCCCUUUACGAGCUGUUUGCCGCCACUGAUGAUUCCCUGCACCAGCUGAGAAAAGCCUGCUUCCACUACUUCAGGCUCGGUGGGGAGUGCAUUGCCGGUCCUAUUGGCUUGUUGUCAGUACUCUCUCCCAAACCCCUCACUCUCAUUGGGCACUUCUUCGCUGUGGCCCUGUACGCCAUAUACUUCAGCUUCUGCUCCGAGUCCUGGCUAACCAAGCCCCGGGCGCUGGUGAGGAGCGCCAGCAUCCUGUACCGGGCGUGUGCCAUCAUGCUCUCGCUUAUUUACUCUGAGUUUAAGUACCUGAUCCACUGACACUCUGGCACUCAUAUCAAAGUCACCGUAUUUACUGCUGAUGAUGCUUUACCCCCCCCCCAGUUAGUGACACAGUGACAUCCCGUGGAGUCCGGAAUGUUUAAUGCCUUUAAGCAGCCCAAGAGAUCCCCCUCAGGGGUGCCUGACGAUAAAAUUUGGUUCAUGUGAGUGACAAUGACACAGAACUGUUUAAGGGGAUGGUUAUUGUCGUGUCCCCUGAGGGGAUGUGCACCCACAUCACUCUUGGCAGCUCAAACCCUGGUCACAUACCAGUGCCUUUUGACCAGGACUGUAUGCCUGUAUCAAUGUAAAACAAAGAAAUCUGCCUUUAAUUUUUUUCGUCUUUUCCGUGACAUUCAGCAGCAUUAUUUGCUAGUUUGCCAAUACCACAAAAUUACCAUAAAUUAACACAUUAAAUAGUCCUAUCAUUUGUAAAUUUGAUGCGCUUGACAAACCAAUAUACUGCUAAAUUUGUAAUUUGUAUAUAAAAUUCAUUUGAAGAAAAAACAUGGUCAGAUGAUUAAGAUUAGUAUUGUUCAAUAUGUUCUGUAUUCACAACCACAUCAUAACAAAUUAAUUUCACCCACCCUACAGUGAAACUUACUGCCUAAAUUAUGGCAACUGGUAAUAAUUUAAAAAAAUAUAAUUUGGUAUUCUUUUGUAUACAAAACUUAAGUACGUUUAACUUGUGCAUUUUCUACCAAAGAAAAGAAUUUCAAUAAACAAUAUUUUCAAGCUGAACGUUUUGUAUGGCGAUAGUCAGAUGUAAUGUAUUGAGGUGUUCUACUUAUCUGUGCAUUAUGCAUCGCUACAUAUUUCUCACUUAAGUUACAAGCUAGCAUUUGUCAGACUUGUAAAUUCACCCAUGUGUCGUACAUUUUUAAUGAGCCGGACGCGUCUGCCUUUUGCUUUCAGUUAGCUCCUUGUACAGUUUGUAGUGACAUUUUUACUUUGUGAUGCUGUUUGUAUCAUUGUGGUUAAAGAAAACCACAAAUAUAUACCCGCUGGGAGCCUUUGAUAAAAAGAGGCUGAUUAUCUGUUUGUCGCUCGUAUUGCAUUUGAGCGUAUUGAGAGACAUAACCCUGAUUGUGAAAUACCAAGGCGAAGUUACUGCUAGUGGGCUUUAUAAGUCAGUGACACAAUUCCACGUACAAAUGGCCCAAAUGAUCAUGUAUUGUAUUUCCGAAUGGGAAGCGCAUUUGUGUGUUUCAAAUGGAAGCAAAAAAUUGUUCGCGUGUUUGAUAGUACUUCGUUGAAUGCCUAUUGCAUUAUCGUUGGGGGCAAUGAGUGUUCAAAACUGCCAACAAAUAUUUUGCUGAUAGUCUUCAUCUCCCCAGAAGAGACUUUCUUGCCGACUCACACUGCUUAAUAUCUCUACUGGAGUAUAUUUGAAGUGACUUUCACACUUUCAUGUUCCGAUUCAGAAGCUAUUCCUGCCUAGAGUGACCAGAUAAUCCAUGGCAAACAGGACACGUCACCUACUUCAGGUUGUAAAAACCACUUUAAAACUGAAAGGCUCAUAUGCUUGCCUAAAUAGUUCAGUGUGUCUUGUGGUUUGACUGAUUUCCAGCUAUUUCACAUUAACAUCACUGACACAGGCAUGAUUAUAGGGGACUGGCCAAUCAGCUCACAAGAACUCAGCGCUUAAGUUGAAUCCAGAUACCGUCUUAGCUCAAAGUGUCUUCAUUGGCAUGGAUUAUGUGGUCGCCCUGUAACUGAAUGAAUUAUUAUCCUACGAUAUUUUGCACCUGUAGAGUAAAAUUGCGUCGUUCACAGUCA